AUGCUGCGCUGGGUCCGGCAGCAGCUGGGUUUUGACCCACCGCAUCAAAGUGACACAAGAACUAUUUAUAUAGCAAACCGUUUUCCCCAGCAUGGCCAUUAUGUUCCUCAGAAGUUUGCAGACAACAGAAUCAUAUCAUCCAAGUAUACAGUGUGGAAUUUUGUUCCAAAAAACUUAUUUGAGCAGUUCAGAAGAGUAGCCAACUUUUAUUUUCUCAUUAUAUUUUUGGUUCAGCUCAUGAUAGAUACCCCUACCAGUCCUAUUACCAGUGGAUUGCCAUUAUUCUUUGUCAUAACUGUGACAGCCAUAAAACAGGGCUAUGAGGACUGGUUACGUCAUAAAGCAGACAAUGAAGUCAACGGUGCUCCAGUUUAUGUUGUUCGAAGCGGUGGCCUUGUGAAAACCAGAUCUAAAAACAUCCGGGUGGGGGACAUUGUCAGAGUAGCCAAAGAUGAGACUUUCCCUGUUGAUCUGGUGCUCCUGUCGUCUGACCGAGUGGACGGUUCAUGCCAUGUUACCACUGCAAGUUUGGAUGGAGAGACCAAUCUUAAGACGCACGUUGCAGUCCCAGAAACAGCAGUGCUGCAGUCUGUUGCCAACCUGGACAAACUAGUAGCUGUUAUAGAAUGUCAGCAGCCAGAAGCAGAUCUCUACAGAUUUGUUGGAAGAAUAACUGUAAGUCAACAAGCUGAAGAAAUAGUACGACCUCUUGGACCUGAAAGUCUCUUACUUCGUGGAGCAAGAUUAAAAAACACUAAAGAAAUAUUUGGUGUUGCUGUGUAUACAGGUAUGGAGACAAAGAUGGCAUUAAAUUACAAGAGUAAAUCUCAGAAACGGUCAGCAGUAGAAAAAUCCAUGAAUUCCUUUUUGAUUAUUUAUCUAAUAAUCCUCCUCUUUGAAGCCAUUCUGAGUACUAUUUUAAAGUAUGCAUGGCAAGCUGAAGAGAAAUGGGAUGAGCCUUGGUAUAAUGAAAAAACAGAGCAUGAAAGAAACAGCAGUAAGAUCCUGAGAUUUAUUUCAGAUUUUCUUGCUUUUCUGGUACUUUACAAUUUUAUCAUACCCAUUUCACUCUAUGUGACUGUUGAGAUGCAGAAAUUUCUUGGAUCUUUUUUUAUUGGCUGGGAUCUUGACCUCUAUCAUGAAGAAACAAACCAGAGAGCACAAGUAAAUACUUCAGACCUCAAUGAGGAAUUAGGACAGGUAGAGUAUGUGUUUACAGACAAAACUGGUACAUUAACUGAAAAUGAGAUGCAGUUUCGUGAGUGCUCCAUUAAUGGCAUAAAGUACCAAGAGGUCAAUGGUAAACUAACUCCAGAGGGAUUUUCUGAAGAUUCUCCAGAUGGAAAUAGGCGUGGUUUGGUAAGGUUCUUGUUUUCCCACCAUUAGUCAUCCUAGAUGGAAAGUGUUUUAUUUCAGAGAAGUAUUCCUGUGCCAUUAGUGAAAGAGGAAGAGCUCUUCUUGAAAGCAGUCUGUCUGUGUCAUACAGUGCAGAUCAAUGCAGAUCAGACAGAUGGUGCUGAUGGUCCCUGGCAUGCCAAUGGAAUCACAUCCCCGCUGGAAUAUUAUGCUUCCUCACCGGAUGAGAAGGCUUUAGUGGAAGCUGCGAGCCGGGUUGGAGUAGUAUUUACUGGAAUUAGUGGAGACAGUAUGGAAGUAAAAAGUCUUGGAAAACCAGAGAGGUAUAAAUUGCUUCACGUUCUGGAGUUUGAUCCAAAUCGCAGACGAAUGAGUGUCAUUGUAGAGAGUCCCUCAGGGGAGAAGCUUUUAUUCACAAAGGGAGCAGAAUCUUCCAUUCUGCCUCGUAGUAAGAGUGGAGAAAUAGAUAAAACAAGGAUACAUGUGGAUGAAUUUGCUUUGAAAGGCCUGAGAACUUUGUGCGUGGCCUACAGAAGAUUCACACCCGAGGAGUACCAGGAAAUUGGCAAACGCCUUCAUGAGGCCAGGACUGCCUUACAGCAGCGGGAAGAGAGAUUAGCAGAUGUGUUCAACUUCAUAGAAAGGGAUCUGGAAUUACUGGGGGCUACAGGAGUAGAAGACAAGCUGCAGGAGAAAGUCCAAGAGACUAUAGAAGCCCUCAGACUGGCUGGUAUCAAAGUGUGGGUGCUCACUGGAGACAAGCAUGAAACAGCUGUUAGUGUCAGUUUAUCCUGUGGACACUUUCACAGAACCAUGAACAUCCUUGAGCUUGUGCAGCACAAGUCAGACAGUACCUGUGCAGAACAGCUGAGGCAGCUAGCCAAGAGAAUAAAGGAAGACCAUGUUAUCCAGCAUGGACUGGUUGUGGAUGGGACCAGCCUCUCUCUUGCACUCAGGGAACAUGAAAAACUGUUCAUGGAAGUUUGCAAAAACUGUUCUGCAGUGUUGUGCUGUCGCAUGGCACCCCUUCAGAAGGCAAAGGUGGUUCGACUGUUAAAAACCUCUCCAGAGAAGCCCAUAACGUUAGCGAUCGGAGAUGGUGCUAAUGAUGUGAGCAUGAUCCAGGAGGCACAUGUUGGCAUAGGAAUCAUGGGCAAGGAAGGAAGGCAAGCUGUAAGAAACAGUGACUAUGCAAUAGCACGGUUUAAAUUCCUCUCCAAGUUGCUUUUUGUUCAUGGGCACUUUUACUAUAUUAGAAUAGCAACCCUUGUACAGUACUUUUUUUAUAAGAAUGUGUGCUUUAUUACACCACAAUUUUUAUAUCAGUUCUUCUGUUUGUUUUCACAACAAACACUCUAUGAUAGUGUAUACCUGACUUUGUACAAUAUUUGUUUCACUUCCCUGCCUGUCCUCAUCUACAGUCUUUUUGAGCAGCAUGUGCACCCGCAUGUAUUGCAGAGUAAACCUGUGCUCUACAGAGACAUCAGUAAAAAUGCCCAUCUGGGGUUUAAACCAUUUCUUUACUGGACCAUCUUGGGCUUCUUUCAUGCAUUUGUUUUCUUUUAUGGCUCGUAUCUUCUGAUGGGAGAAGACACUUCUCUGCUGGGAAAUGGCCAGAUGUUUGGGAACUGGACAUUUGGUACUUUGGUCUUCACCGUUAUGGUUAUAACUGUUACGAUGAAGAUGGCACUAGAAACUCACUUCUGGACAUGGAUUAACCAUUUUGUUACUUGGGGAUCCAUUGUGUUUUAUUUCAUAUUCUCCUUGUUUUAUGGGGGGAUUAUCUGGCCAUUUUUACAUACCCAGGACAUGUACUUUGUAUUUGUUCAACUGUUGUCAAGUGGUUCUGCUUGGUUUGCCAUAAUCCUCAUAGUAGUUGCUUGUUUGUUUAUUGAUGUUGUGAAGAAAGUGCUGUACAGACAUCUGCAACCAACAAGUACUGAAAAAGCUCAGCUUACUGAGGCAGGUUCAGGUAUCAACUGCUUGGACUCCAUGUGCUGCUUCUCAGAUGGGGAAACAGCAUGCACAUCUGUUAGAAGAAUGCUGGAACGACUAAUGGGAAGGUGUAGCCCAACCCGGGUCAACAGAUCUUGGAGUUCAUCGGACCCCUUCUAUGCCAACGACAGGAGCGUCCUGACUCUCUCCUCAAUGGACUCAGCCACUUGCUGACAGGGACAUUUUUGAAUGCCUUGUGGAAGCCGUGUGGUGUUCACACACCUGUAGCAGGUGCUGAGGCGAGCUCAGUGUCCAGCGCUGCCCUAGGAAAGCCCAGAGGACUCCUGAGUCCAGGCAGGGCUUGUCUGGCCUGGCAUAAUCUGCACAGCAAUCACUUCCAGGAUUUUUUCUAAUUAUAUCUACAAAUUGCUAAAUAAGUUGGGUUUGGGUUUUUUUAAGUUGUUUUUUUUUUUUGAUCCUUUUUGUUGCUGUAUGAGCAGAUCAAAAUCCUACAUUUAAUACUUAAGACAUCAAUGACAGAAAUCUUUUUCCUCCCAAAUUUGAGUGAUCCAAUUUGAAUCAAUUUGAUUCUCCACAAUGAAACUUUUUAAAGCUGUGUUUUUCAUUAUGACCCGACCCUUCCCUUUAAACACGCAUUCAUUUUGAGCUGUCUUGCAGAUGCUGUCUUAGCAUUUUGCAAAUGAAUUUUGUUACUUCUGUGGACAGUUACUGUAUUCUAUAAGCAAUCAAUUUAGUAAUUUUUGAGAAUUAAAUGCAAUUCAAAUAUUUAUGCUGGUGUAUGAUUGGCAAUAUAUUAGCCAUUGCUUUGAAAAACACUUAACUGUGACAAAUCAGUAAUUAGGAAUAAUAAUGGAUAUAACAGUUCACUGUUCUCCUAAAGUACAAUUCAGAAACCAGUCAUCUUUUAUUAUGCCCUGUGUGUUUUGUUAACAGUUCUGGAUCCUAACAUGGAAAAAAUUGUCAAGAAUUGGUGGAUUGAGCAGAAGUCUCACUAGCAUAAAUUUUUUGAAUUAUUAAUCCUUUUAAAGUUGGGGAAUUUUUGCAUGUUUUGUUCUUUUUCAUGUAUUUAUAUUUGGUCGUGUUGUACUUUGAAGAUAUAAUUAAUGCUUAAUUAUCUUUGUUUAUUGGAAGGAUCCGAGACUUUGAUGGCAAUGUUUUGAUACCUAAGUAUGCCAAUAAAAACAAACUGCACAGUUGGAGCUCUGGGUGGUGCAUCCUGCAGGUGCCUCCCUGCCCCUGUGCAGACGUAUCUGCACAGUGAGGCUGGGGAGCAGUGACCUUGCACUGUUCCCUCAGCCAGGGUGGCUGAGCCCACUGCUUGUCCUGGGAUGUGGGAGACGAAGUGAAGG